CGCCUCCUGCUGCCCCCAACUCCGGCCCGUAGCACAUGGCUUCGCUGGGCCAUGCUGCGCAUGCACCAUCUGACGAGCCGAACGGCCGCUCUGAUUUCGCAUGGGUGCGGAACGGUUCCUCUCGCUCUCCGUACUUUUGAAUAAUUCGCGAGCUUAUUCGCAUGUUCAGCGUCACGUGACCUGUGAAUCGUCUCUGGGAGGGUGCGCGUGGGCCUUAGUCCCAAGAUGGCGGCCACCCGCUACCGGCGGUUUCUGAAGCUCUGCGAGGAGUGGCCGGUGGAGGAGACCAAGCGGGGCCGGGACCUGGGCGCCUUCCUGCGGCAGCGGGUGGCCCAGGCCUUCCGGGAGGGGGAGAGCACUCAGUAUCCACGCCUAAAAGAUACGAGCUUCACUGGAGUGACAGUGGAAGAAUGCAAGCUGGUCCUAGCAACAGACAGCGGGAAACAGAUGGAGGAAAUGAAAAAAGGUAAAUGGAAAAAACUGCGAGAGAAGUUCUCUGCCAAGAAUGCUGAAGAGGACUCAAAGUUAUAACCUCUCUCCCCAGCCCCCCUCUGUACAUAUUCCUAAAGCACUGUAUAUUGCCGUGAUGAUUAAAGCCAUUCAUUCCUCUUACCAAAAGCAUUCAGAA